AUGUCUGCCCCUCAAAGCGAAGCCUUCAAGCAGGCUGUCAUCGACAGCAAGAAGCUUACCUCCAAGCCCAGCAACGACGAGCUCCUCAAGCUCUACGGCCUGUACAAGAUCGGCACUGGUGAGGACUUCUCUAAGGCCACCAAGCCCGGCAUGUUCGACCUGAAGGGCAAGGCCAAGUACAACGCUUGGGAGAAGCUUGCCGAUGAGGGCAAGACCGCUGAGCAGGCCCAGGAGGAGUACAUCGCCCUCGUUAACCAGCUCAAGGAGGCCUACGGCUACGACGCCAACAAGGAGCCCGAGGCUGUUGGCCAGUAA